CAGGCCGGGGGGCGGGGAGGCGGCGGCACCGCCCCGACCGACAAAAGUCCCUUCGGUCCAGCAGGCGGCGGGGGAAGUCCCUGCGCCCGCCCGCCCGCAGCCGCCCGCCAGCAGCCGCCCGCCCGCCGCCCGCACAGCCGCCCCGCGCCCGGCGGCCCGAUGCCCCGAUGCCCCGCGGGGGCCAUGGACGAGGGGCCCGUGGACCUGCGCACGCGCCCCAAGGCCGCGGGGCCCCCCGGAGCUGCUUUGCCGCUGCGCAAGCGCCCCCUGCGCGCGCCGUCCCCGGAGCCCGCCGCCCCCCGCGCCCCGGCCGGGCCCCCGCUGCCCCCCGGGCCCCCAGGCUGCGCCUGCGACGCGCCCGCCGCCCCCGCGCCCCCCCACGGCCUGGCCCGGCCCGAGGCGCUGUACUACCAGGGACCUUUACUGCCCCUGUACUCCACCCCAACCCCCUUCUCUCUGCUGAACGUGUCCACGCCCCUGUACCCCAUGGUGUGCCCCAUGGAGCACCCUCUGUCAGCUGACAUUGCCAUGGCCACACGUGCGGAUGAGGACGGUGACACGCCCCUCCACAUCGCCGUGGUGCAGGGUAACCUGCCCGCCGUGCACCGGCUGGUCAGCCUCUUCCAGCACGGGGGCCGCGAGCUGGACACCUACAACAACCUGAGGCAGACGCCCCUCCACCUGGCUGUCAUCACCACCCUGCCAUCGGUGGUCCGGGUCUUAGUGAUGGCAGGCGCCAGCCCCAUGGCUCUGGAUCGCCACGGCCAGACGGCGGCGCACCUGGCAUGCGAGCACCGCAGCCCAGCCUGCCUGCGGGCCCUGCUGGACAGCGCCUCCCCAGGCACGGUGGACCUGGAGGCCCGCAACUAUGAUGGGCUCACUGCCCUACACGUGGCGGUUAACACCGAGUGCUCGGAGGCGGUGCUGCUGCUGCUGGAGCGCGGGGCGGACAUCGAUGCUGUGGACAUUAAAAGCGGCCGCUCCCCGCUCAUCCACGCCGUGGAAAACAACAGCCUGAAUAUGGUGCAGCUGCUGCUGCAGCAUGGCGCCAACGUGAACGCGCAGAUGUACUCGGGCAGCUCGGCGCUGCACUCUGCGUCUGGCCGCGGGCUGCUCCAGCUUGUGCGCACCCUGGUCCGCAGCGGCGCCGACAGCGGCCUCAAGAACUGUCACAACGACACGCCGCUCAUGGUGGCGCGUAGCCGCCGGGUCAUCGACAUCCUGCGGGGCAAGGCCACCAGGCCCACGUCCGCCUCGCAGCCCGAGCCCUCCCCGGAGCGCAGCGCCACCACCUCCCCCGAGAGCGGCAGCCACCUCAGCUCCAGCGGUCUUCUCUCUGCAUCCCCGGCCUCCUCGCCCUCCCAGUCUCCACCCAGAGACCCCCCCGGGUUCCCCCUGCCUCCCCCCACUUUCUUCCUCUCUCCAGCCUCUCCACCUGCCUUCCUGCCUUUUGCUGGGGUGCUCCGAGCCCCGGGGCGGCCGGUGCCCCCUUCCCCAGCUCCAGGAGGUAGCUGAGAGGGAUGGGGGGGGCAGAGCCCGGACUCUAUGAGGAGGGAGCCCCCCCACACACUGACUGUGGGAUUGGCCCUCCUGGAGACUGUGAACAGCCCGCUCUGCCUCCCCCCACCCCCAGCGCAUCUCUGGGACCAGGAUUUGCACAGAAGCACAUGCACCUACCCCUGAACCCCUCUUCUGAGCACAUCACCCUCCUCUUCUCAGGCGCCAGCCCUCCAUCUGGAAGCCCACUCAAAGCACCCUGGCUUUGUCCAGAGCUGGGGGUAGCCUGGGACAGCCAUGCCCCCUUUUCUCCCCAGCGCCCCCCCCCCAGAUUCCAUGCAGAGGGGCCUGGUGGGCUGAGACCUGGCACUGACAACCAUGUAAAUUAUUAGGCAUUUUGGAUAAAUUUCCUUUAUAAUAAACUAUUUUUGUAUCAUA